AUGGAAAACACUUUGCCAAUGAUACAUGCCAAGCAUGAACUGUCUAUGCGUGAUAUCCUGAAGGAUCAGACUCAGCUUACGUUAUCUUUGAACGGCUGGACGGAUAACUCUGGUAACAGCAUUUAUGUGGUGAUGGUCCUUAAAGGUGCUAAACAAAAGUACUUUCUUGACGUACUAGAUCUUAACUCCAAGAGACAUACUGCCGAUAACAUUUUCUCAGCCCUCAAGGAAUCACUGAAGUCAAAGCAAGUUGGCUUGCAUCAAAUCUGUGCAUUGGUCACAGAUUCUCCAUCUGUUAUGAUCAAACUUCGGAGACUUGUGAAUGAAGCAAAUCCACAUAUUCUGAAGAUUCACUGCACCUUGCAUGUUUUCAACCUCAUCGCCAAGCAAACAGCCAGCCAUCCAUCCAUGGAUCGUGUAGUCAAGUCAAACAAAACCCUUGUUAACUACUUCACAACUUCGGUAUUCUGGCGCGAGCAUCUUGCUACAUGGCAAAAGGCCAACGAAGUAAAACACGGUCUACAAACUCUGUGUGAAACCCGUUGGUACUCGAUGGCUAAGGUCUGCUUGGGAAUUCAGUCACACGAACUUGGGUUUCGGAAAUGCCUAGAGUUACUUCAAGACCCUUUAGUCGAUACCCCUACAAUGUCAAAUUCAGUCAUCGAAAUCAUCGAGAAUCGGGAUCACUUCACCGCUAAUCAAACUCUAGUCAGCCUCUUAACGCCUGUUGUAGAUGCCAUCGGGUCCUUGGAACGGGCAGACACCACUCUUUCUGACAUCUGGAAAGAGCUUCUGAUUGCAUACAAGGCCAUCAGGGAUACGGAUGUCUACUCUCGCUUUGAGCCUUUCAAAAGGCACUGUCUUGAUACACUUGAAUCACAGACAAAAAUCUACCACGACGAUAUCUAUGUUGUUGCAUUUUUCCUCCACCCUAGCUACCGUCGCAUCACAGUCUCAAAGAAACACUCACUUCCGGAAGAAGUCAAUCAACCAUUAGAUUACUGGCUGAUGGUUCCUAAUACACCCGAGUCAAAUGCUUUGAAGAAAGUUGCCAUUGGUAUACUCGAAAUCGUUCCUCAUGCUGCCGGUGUUGAGGGCUUAUUCUCAACAAUGAGUGCAAUCAAGACAAAAGCUCGAAAUCGAAUGUCCCCAAAAACCUUAAAGAUGUUAGCUCAACUGAAGCUUCAUCUACUAGAAGGUGAUCGAUUACUAGCACCCCGACGACAAAGAAGACAAAAGAAUGCGACUCCCGAUUCUGAAUAUGAAAACAUGAGGAUCUAUGAUGCAUUUCUCACUCCGACUGAAUUGGAAGAAUUCGAAACUGGUGUUUUCACUGAAGAACAAAUGCAAGUCGUUGCUUCCCGGGAGAACGCCUUCAUGGACACCCUCUUUGAUUUCAACAUGUGGGAAAACCCACCUCAACCACCAGAUGAUGUUAUCAAUCUCGACGACAUCCAAGACAACCCCGCCGAUAUGAACUGGGACCCAGAGGAUCUUUGGGUCUGA